AUGGAUCAAAAGGAGCCCAAAGAAACAAAGAGUAAAGAAACGAAUCUCACUUGUGAAAUAAUAGAGGGAGUUCAGAAAAACGGUGAUAUAAGUGUAAAGGCUAGUGAAAGAGAAGAAGACGAGGAAAGCUUACUAAGUAGUAUCGAACAUCAAGAAAGUGAUUUGAAUAAGUUAGAUAUAUCAGAUUACUGUGUCUCAAGUGAUGCAGAAACGGAGAAAAUGAGUGACGACAAAGUACAACAAGGUCUCGACGCCAACCAUCCCCACAUAGCUGACUUAUUGAGUGAAAUAGAUGCUGCAGGAGAAGUGGACAAGAAACGAGCAAAUGAUGAGAAAAAUGAUGAGGAAGAGAGAAAAAGGGUCAAACUGGAGAAUCCCGUUGCAGGGGUACAACAAAAUGGAAACAUUGAUGAUGAGGAUGAAAAUGAAGCUGGUGAUGAAGAAGAGGAUGACCAAGAAGCUGCAGGAGUACUCAAGAAAGAAGUACCGACACAAUCAAUUGACCUUGCCGAGAAGCACCCCGAACAACCACUAGAAAGGGUUGGAGAAGUGGUAGACGAGAAGGUAGAAAAUGGUGUAAGCAAAAAGUCGGAAGACUAUGUCGAAAGAGCAGCGAAGGAAAGUGUUGAACCAGAUACAGAGGAGGAAGAGGUAGAGGAGGAAGAGGCAGAAGAGGAAGAGGCAGAAGAGGAAGAGACAGAAGAGGAAGAGGCAGAAGAGGAACCAGAACCAGAGGAAGAACCCGAAGAGGAGCCGGAUGCCGAAGAGGAACAGCUAAUCCGAGAGUUACCAGAGGUCGAAGAUGAUUCUGCCAAUCAUGCAGUUAUCGCAAAAGAACCAAAAAAAGAAAGCGAUAAACCAUUAUCAACCAUGCCAUCACCCAUUGAAAUUGAACAACAACGAUUAGAUGCAUUGAAGGAAAUAACAGAAAUUGAGUACAAAUUUGUUGAAUUACGUCAAAAGUUGUACGAUAAUAAGUUGCUCAGACUGCAAAUGGAAUUACAAAUGUGCCGAGAAGGUUCGCACCCCGAAUUACAGAGCUACUAUCAAAAGAUCGCUUCAAUACGAGAUUAUAAACUACGCAGGGCCUACCAAAGACAGAAAUAUGAAUUGAAAUGUAUCGAUAAAGAAACAAGGGCAACCCGAACUUUUAUCCAUCAAGACUUUAUUCGACAAGUCAAUGAUACGAGAAGUCAAUUAUUAAAUAAUACAACACAAAAGUGGUACGAUAUCAACAAAGAAAGAAGAGAUAUGGAUAUUUGUGUACCGGAAGUUAAUUAUCAUGUUCCAAUAAAGAUCGCUGGUAAAACCUUAAGUUGUAUAACAGGCUAUGCAGGGCCUGCUCAGCAAAGAUAUCCGGGAGAGCCAUUGCCAGAAGAUUUGGAGUGCGAAAAUAUCCAAAUUCGUUACCGAUCUAAUGCUGCUGUUGAUAAACUUGAAGUAAUAGUCGAUAGAAUGAGACUUAAUAAUGAAUUAAGCGACUUGGAGGGACUGAAAAGAUUUUACAAUGCAUUCCCAGGAGCACCUGAAUUAAGUGGAUUGAGAGACUCGGAAGUAUUUGAUGAUAUACAAAAACUACCAUUACAAAGGUAG